AUGACAAAACAACGUGAAGCAAUGAGAGAAUACAUAGAGAAAUAUCCACAGUAUGACAGUCAUUACACUCGGAGGGAUACCAUAAAAAAAUAUCUGUUAAGUUAUCUUAAUAUAAGGAAAAUGUAUGAGGAAUAUAAAUACGAUUGUGAUUUGUCUGGCAAAAUGAACUGUGGAUCGUACAGCUUGUUUACCGAGGAGUUCAGAAAAACUAGUUACAAGUUUAAGCAACCCAAAACGGAUACUUGCAGAACAUGCGAUUCUUUUAUGCUCAACUUGAAACAGUGCAAGAAUUCAGAAGAGAAAGCGAAAUAUCAAAGUGAUUAUGAGGUUCACACAAAACUGGCUGAUGAUGGUUAUGAGCAGAAACGGCUGGACAAAGAGAGUUGUAUUCGUGAUGCAAGCAGAAUUGUACUCGUUUUUGACUUACAGCAAGUUCUUGAUACACCAUCGCUGACAGUUAACAUAUCAUUUUAUAAACGCCUUUUGUAA